ACCAUUCUUGUUUGCAAGGUUGCAACAGGGCGUGGCUGAAAUUGAGCCACGCCCUCAAAAUGGCUACCGGUCCCUCUAACCUUUUAGCAACAGGUCUGAUAGAGAAAGAUGAUAAAGGAGAGUUGAUGUGGGUUUGGUCCUACCCUACAGUGGACUCCUCUCUCCGUGAGCUUCUCCUUAGGAAGACCAGUUUAGAGGGAGGAGGAGAUGAGGAGGGUAAAGCAACCUUACAGUAUCAAUAUGGACACUUGGGUGACGUCUGGUAUUAUUUGUAUAAUCAGGAAGCUCAAGGAAAGAUAGAGAAAGUAUCUUCAUUCUGUGUUGUUAUUCUUACUAAAGAUUUCAAUCCAGAGAAGUAUAACCAUCUUGCAGAAAUAUUCUCCCAAGACUACCUUAGCUCUGGUGAUCCAGUUUCCAUAGUAACCCACUUCCUCAGUGUGUACACGAGAGGAGAAGUGACCGACCCUCCUCCAUCUUGUAAGGAAUACCACGAGAAGAACUAUGACAUCAGGCGAGCCUAUGUAGCACGGCCAUUGAGAGAAUUAGUGAAGCAGUUUGGUGUUGAGUCUAUCUUACUCUACAAUGCUCUGCUCCUUAAGAAGAAAGUUGCUGUAUAUGCACCAGAUCUACAGACACUGCUGGACACCUGCAGAACGAUUCCACUGCUAGUCUGGCAUCGUCAGAACUGGAAUAUAGUGUAUCCUAAUGUUAGUUUGGAUGAUGGAGAGACUGAGGCUCUUAAGAUGUCGUAUGUUGCCGGUUUUACUGAUCCAGCCAUCGAAGCACAUCAGGAAUUAUUCGACAUACUAGUUAAUGUUCCAGCUGCUAGCAUUAAUGUUAAUCCUGCCUCUAAAGAAUCAUUUGGAAUGACAAAGCUACACAAAGACAUUGCCAUGAAACUGAUGGACUCCGUCAAUAAUGAAGACACCACUGAUCAGGCCAUCAUAAAAGAACUGUCAACAAAAACAAAAGAUUUAAUCAACAACCUGCAAAAGCUGACAGGAGACGAUGGAAAGAUAUCACUUGAGACACUAAGAGCAAGGAAGAUGACCCCAGCUACAGAGAACUUUCUGUUUAGCUUAGCAGCUGUCGAGGGACUCGCGCAACUUUGAAUAAUAAUAAUAAUAAUAAUAAAAGCUAUUAGUGUUUAGUUUUUCUUCGUGUGUGCGUGUCAUUAUAGUAUGUCCUAUUUGCUGUCUGAAA